GGUGGCAUGGUAAUCUUUCCGCGAUGCGGACACAUCGUGGUCGCCUUCUAGUAGUUAUACGGCUGGUAGAGCAGUUUACAUCUAAAAUAUAGAUGUGUAUCAAAGUGUUGUGGUAAGUGUUUAUAUGGUUGAAGAAACAGUCGUCGUAUAGUUAUAUUGAAAAUGCCAUCAGCCUCAAUUAACAUCACAACCGAGACCACGUCAAUGACCUAAUCUAAUUGGUAUUCUACCUUAACCUUUUAAGUCGGCGUCUGCAGCCACUCCUGAUCUUAGUUGAGUUGCCCGAGGUCGUCGGAGAUGUUCAAUGUAUUCGGUCGAUAGGUUGGGUUCGCCUGUAGAGUGUUUUCUAGAGACAAGAUCCAGCCUCAGCCUGCCUGAUGAAUCUUACAGAGUCACCAUCUAUAAAAUAUGCUCAUUUGCCGUCUUUGCUUCCAAUCGUCAGUGAUAUUGAACUGCUAUGGCUCCUUCCAUUGCUCCCUGGGGAUACAGGCACAAAUACAGUGGCUUCCCCCAAACCCUCCACCUUUCCGCGGGGUAACGAGCAGCUGGCCAAUCAUAAGCCGUUUCUCCUCUAUCCUCCCAUAAACUUCGGCCUUAAUUCCGUGAUUAGUCAGUAUUUAGUCAGAUGUUAAAGUGGCGCGCGCUAGUAACGCGUCUGGCGCGUCUCGUCGCGUCUCUUUUGGUGGUGGCUGGAAAGAAGAAAAUGCAAGCAAAAGAAAGACGCUGAUAGAGAAGAAACAAACCAACCACCGCAGGUGGAAAAGCGAGGGCUGGACAAAGAGAGGGCAAUUGAUAAUGGACAGGAGCUCUCUGUGCCUGCUUUCCUGUCUUGUUGGUGCUUCGGAGCUGUAUUACGGAUACAUCCUGCUCACUUCAACUGAUAGUCGCAGCCCAGCAUGAGCCUCAGGCCCAUCGAGCAGGCGUUGGCCAGCCUUCUGCCCGCGCUCGCAGAGGAUCUCCCUCGUGAGCUGCUGAAUCUUGCGUCUUCCCUGCUCACCCAGUCUCGGAGCUGUGGUGCGACUCUCAAGCCGGAGAUGGAAAUUGCCAGGCCGUAUGCGUGUGCGGAAAUCGCCUGCAAGAGAUUAGCCAGGACGUUGAAACUUCCAUCACCUAUCAGCCGUCCACCUUGCCCUCCCAGAGUGUACAAGAAGCUCUACGCGCAUCUCGAACAGUCCCUGCAAAGCUCGUCGGUCAGCUCCAAGCGCCAGAAUGCAGAAGCCCAAGCACAGAAACGCGCAUCUACCAGAAUACAGAACAAAGCUACAGCUUCUCCGGCCUUACCUACACCUACAGCCACAUCGUCAGCGAUCUCAUCUCCUAGACAGGCUAAAAAUUCGGGGAAUGGUCGGAAUAAUGUAUCGUCAAAGCUGGUGACGGGCAGUUCGCCUGCCGUGGAGCUGCCUCAGUGGACAAUGGGACAAAUCAGGACGAUAUGCAAGACGUUUCCUUCUCUCACGCGAGCAAAGGAGAUCCCAUCACCUAGCACAUUUGCCUCCACUCUUCCACCACAUGUAUACGCCGGCCUUUGCUCAGUUCUAUCAUUUAUCUCAGCUUCAGAGGGACGUCUUACAGAAAAAUGGCAGGAUCUCGUCUCACCCGUCUUAUCACUCGGGAAAGGGCAGGAUGAUCCUGAAGCAUUGAAGGUGACGAAUGAGAGGGUGACAACAUUGAGCAUUGCCAUUUAUUUCGUUGUCUACACCCGGCGGAUUGGGAUGGUAUACGAUGCAGAGGCACAACACUACCCCAACAAGCCGAUGACAGAAGUGAAUGAGACAGACAUGGAAGAAACGAUAGGCCGCGCAUUAGACAGCGUUGGUCUCCCCCGGCUGGUAAAUGGCCGUGAACAAUACUCUAUGGAGGUCGAUGCAUGGCUUAUGAUCAUGCUUGAGAUGGGCUGGGCCAUUAAUCAAGAGUGGUUUGAAAACAUUCCUUUACCAACUACAGACGAGAUUGAGGCCUAUAAUCAGAAAAACAAGAGAAGAAAGAGAGGUUUCGGUGAGGAUUCCGAUUUUGAAGAAGACGAUGAAGAGAUACUCAGUCCCAAGCGGAAGAUGGUGAAGAGCAGGAAUGCGGAUGUUGGAAGAAGACAUCUGACGUCGGGAGAGCAGAAUCACUGUGGUGACACACUGCUACCUGGACUAGGCACAAUGAUGCAUCCUCAGGUUGACUGGCUGAGUGAAGACAAGAGAUACUCGUAUGGAACGUGGAGGGACCGCAUAAUGAUGUGGAUAGAGCAGGUGGAGAUCUCAGGUUGA